UGGUCCCACAGGGCCACAGGCUUCACAAAUAUAUACCUACAUAGUUCAAUUUACUGUUGCUGCGCAUCCCCAGCUUCCCCGUUGUCAACGUCGUUCCCGAGACUGGGUCUCUUAUUUCUUUCUUCUUUUUUCUUUUACUUCUUUUUCACCCUUUGAACUCAUCCUUGGCCGGAUCAUUCACGUUGCAUCUCGCGUCAGGAACGCUGCUCUGAUAUUCAUCUCUUCUAAUCACCACCCACCAUGUCUCUCAAGGCAGAGCUCGAAACUUGGGCAGCAGCCCUAAAGGCAUACGACGAGGAGGACUUUGAAAAGUCCCUGGAUCUCUUCUCUCGUAUUGCGGAUUCCUCCAAGAUUCUCACCAAUAUUGGCCUGAUUUAUGCGACUCUUGGAGAGCACGAAGCCGCCGUUCAGCGCUUCAUUGAAGCCACAAACUUCGAUCAAUAUUUGGCUGUCGCAUAUUUCCAAUGCGGAGUGUCCAACUUUCUCCUUGCGCGCUACGAGCUGGCGUACAAGGAUUUUGAGGAAGCCUUGCUGUAUCUUCGUGGGAAUCAGGCCAUAAACUAUGAACAACUUGGGCUCAAAUUCAGAUUAUUUUCUGCCGAGGUCUUAUUCAAUAAAGGCCUAGCCCAAAUCUACAUGGGCCGCGCACAAGAAGGUUUGGCGGACAUGGAAGAGGCGAGACGGGAGAAAGCGACUGAUGAACAUAAUGUUAUUGACGAUGCAAUUCAAGAACGUGGCGAAGGAUACACUGUCUUCAGUAUUCCAGUUGGGGUGCUUUAUCGUCCCUCCGAAAAGAAACUUAAGAAUUCGAUGCAAAAAGAUUAUAUGGGAAAGGCUAAACUCGUCGCAGCAAGUGACCCCAACGACAUUUUCACCACUUUCACGGGUUCAACACGAUUGAAGCAAGGAAUUUCGCCUUCGGGAGUCUUUAUCGAUCGCCCCGACAUAGAGAGCGCCGUGAUCCCUUCUGUGACGCGCAGUGCUUCGGUGCCAUCUAGCACUGCUCCAUCGAGGCAACCCGCCGACGGAGUAAGGUUGGCUGGAGUUGAGCGGUCCAGGACGGCUAUGAAUCCGCCGCAGAGUGCAAGGUUAGCCUCCAAUAAGGGACCACCUCCCCGGCCACCAAUGUCAGCAGGCGCUUCGAUUGGAAGGAGUAAUACCAAUAUUACUCCAAGCCGCCCUUCUCCCAAUGCGACCAUUGGCGGACCGGUACGAGGUUUGAGCGUCCGACGCCCUGGAAACGCGUCUCCGGGUAAUUCUUCUCCCCCGAGGGCCCCUCCAAAAGAUGACGCUCGAUUGACUGAGUUUUACGACGAUUAUCUCGAUUCUUAUGGAGGGGACGCACCUAUCCCGCCAAUUGCACAGCCUGGACCUGACCGUAUAGCUGCAUGGGCCCGCACAAAUGCAAAUCCUAAUUAUCCUCUCGUCCGCAGUGGCUCCCGUAGUGCGCCUACCAGCCAAUAUACACCAAGUUCCUAUGGGGGCGGUGGGUCAUUGCGGCGCAAAGUUACGAAGAGAAAUAAUCCCCGGGCGCCAAGCAGAGUACAAAGUACAUAUGAAGAGGAGGAAGAAGGAUACGUCAGCGGAGAAUAUGAAGACGGGCCAUUUGAACUGACGCUGAUCCGUGUCAAGCUCCAUUAUCAGGAUGACACAAGAGGCAUGACGCUUACUCCCGACACCCCCUUCGCCGACUUCAUGGAUAAAGUCACGGCGAAAUUUGGCAAGCAGAUAAACGGGCUUGGCCUCAAAUUCAAGGACGAAGACGGCGGAAAGGUUACCUUGCGAGAUGAGUCCGAUUACGAACUCGCGAUUGAAACAGCUCGCGAAAGCGCGAAGGGGAAGCCUGAGGGUAGAUUGGAACUGUGGUGUAUGGAUCUCUAGAUUUUUGGGAAUUGGAUGGAAAGAUACAUACAUUUUGGAUAAUUUGUACCUUUACUGUGUACUGCUACAGUUAUGACUAAGCAAAGUUUUUCGAUUCGUUUUC